AUAUAAAGGGCCAUGAGUAGAAGAUGAAAUGCAUCACAUACAUCUCCAUGGCUGCUUCAUCUCUCACUAGUAACAGCCAUUUGAUGGUUGCAGCGCUUGCUCUUGGGCUGCUAAUGGCAUGCCUGGACAUUGCAGGUGCACAAUCUGUAGGAGUUUGUUAUGGAAUGGAUGGCAACAAUCUACCUACACCACGGGAAGUCGUAGAUCUUUACAGGUCAAAAAACAUCGGACGGAUGAGACUCUACCAUCCAGAUCCAGCGGCCCUCCAGGCCUUGAGGGGAUCCAACAUUCAAGUCAUGCUAGCCGUUCCUAACGACAGACUUCAAGAGCUGGCAACCAACCCGGCCGCCGCCAAUACAUGGGUCCAGAACAACGUAAGAAACUACUGGCCUGACGUCCGGUUCAGGUAUAUUUCCGUCGGCAAUGAAGUAAUCCCCCGCGGUUCAGCACAGUUCGUCCUACCCGCCAUGCAGAAUGUCUUCAACGCAAUCUCAUCCGCCGGGCUACGUGACCAGAUCAAGGUGUCCACAGCCGUCGAUACUGGCGUCCUUGGAAACGCCUUUCCACCCUCCGAUGGUGUCUUCAGCGAUGCCGCCCGAGGAAGCUUGGAGCCAAUCGUGCGGUUCCUAGUUAGCAAUCAGGCCCCACUCCUCGUGAAUUUGUAUCCUUAUUUUAGUUACACAGGGAACCAAGCCCAAAUCUCUCUUCAAUAUGCAUUGUUCACUUCUCCGACGACCGUCGUUACCGAUGGCCAAUUCAGGUACCAGAACCUGUUUGAUGCUAUCUUGGAUGCUACCUACGCCGCUUUGGAGAAGGUGGGCGGGUCAUCGGUAGAGAUUGUUGUGUCUGAGAGUGGGUGGCCGUCCGCCGGAGGUAAUGCAGCGACUGUUGAGAAUGCAAGAACAUACAAUUCGAAUUUGAUACGACAUGUUCGACAAGGGAGUCCAAGGAGGUCUGGGAGGGCCAUAGAGACUUACAUAUUUGCUAUGUUUAAUGAGAACCUGAAGGGUGGGGCGGAAACUGAAAAGAACUUUGGGCUUUUCUUCCCUGAUAGGCGACCUGUGUAUGAUAUUAGUUUCACUUGAAAGAGUUUUGAGGUCGAGAGAGAUUGAAUAAGAGCCAUUGGCUAUGCAUAUGUAUUACUUAAAUCUUGAAUAAGAUGCAGCACGGCUAGCAGGUUAGCAUAAAAGGCAGCUGUACGUGUUUAGCAAGUUCUUCUCCAUGUAAUGGAAAUUUCAAAUGGAAAUAAAGGGCUUCUAUAUAUCUUGACUUACUCUUAA